AUGUGCUGUGAGCUGGAGGCGCUGAAGAAGCGAAAGGCAGGGCUGGAGGAAGAGGCACGUGCACUGUCGAGUCCAGCAGAACGUCUGCUCCAACUCUACGAACGGGAGGAUGAACUUUUAGAUAGAAUGUUCGGAGGCAAAUACGGCAGUGAACGAGAAUUCCAGUUGGAAAAGGAACUCGAAGACUUGACCUUCGUCAGGGCAAAAAUUAUUGAGGUCAACAAAGGUUGGCGUCAAGCCAAGCUGAUGGUGGAUUAUUCAGCCCUGCAAAUAAAUCGAGGUCUAGAGCUCUGGAGAAACAUACUUCAGAUCCACAUGGACGAAGAGCAAGGGAAAGAAGGAGCCACAAGGGAUGGGAUGAAAGAAACUGUGCAGAAAGCUGAAGAAUACUUCAGCGCUGCGUCGCAGAAUCUCGAGAGCGCACAGCAAUACGUAGAGAUGGAGUUUCCCUAUUGCGAUCGAGAGGACUUGACGGUGUUUAAUCAGGCUUUGAUAUACAUGUCUGAUGAUGCUGAAGAAAGAGACAGAGCAACACAUGCUGCUGAUGUUUAUGUCACCAUUCAUCAUCGCUCACUGGCAUUGUCGCAAUGGCUGAAACAAGCCAUAGAAGCCUAUUUCACAAAGGAUUUGCACCAGAUAAAUGAUAGAAUCAAGACGAAAACUUUGGCACUUCGCAGGGAACGAGUUUAUCUCAUCAAAGCGAAGGUGAGCGAGUUUCAUUUAUAUACCUCAUCAAGUUAAUGAGGGUUU